UGCAAACCUUGCAAUGUUACACUUGCCAAGAACCUACUGCUGUCGAUAAGUGCCUGACGAUCCGCAACUGCUCAACGAAUGAAUCCAUAUGCAAGACUACUAUGUAUUCCCGGGAGGAUGUUUAUCCCUUCACGGGAGUCUCGACUGUCACCAGGAUGUGCUCUUCCAUCUGUGUCCCAUCUGAUGUGGACGGGAUUGGCAUGACGCGCCCCGUCUCCUGCUGUUACUCUGACUUGUGUAACACUGAUGGUGCAGCUAGUCUGAGGAUCACAUUUCUGCCCAUUGGGAUGGUAGCAAGCUCCCUCUGUGCCCUCUUCUGGACUAGACUGUGA